GAUUAGGCAUCGAUUCAUCAGCCACCGCGAUUUCCAACCCUCAAUCACUGCGAUUUCAACUCCGACAUCCUCAAAUCACAGCGAUUUCCAGCCCUAGUUCUGUGUUCUGGUUCGAUUUCAGGUUUCUCAUUCAAGAAAUCUAAAAUUUGAGUCAUCUCGUUGCAGAUAUCUCAAUUUGUUUUGUGUGGCCAUGAUUUCACACGGUUCUAAUAUGUUCUUUUGUGUACAUGCUACACAAAUUUCUGAGAGAGUGUAAUGCGUUCGUUGUUGCCGCCAAUUUUAGAAUGAUCAUUUUGUUAUCUGGGUGCUGCCUUUAUGUUUAUGUUUAUCAAGACACCCACCAUAAUGGCACUGUUCUCCAGAGGUCGCAUCGUUUCUUCAUCUUUAUUUAGCAAGCUGGUCCACCACCCUCCAAUCCAGCGCUCAUUCAGUUCAUCUUCCAAUGCCUACAAUCAGAAAUCACACGGAUCACAAUCUGGUGAAAAAGCCUCGCUGAUGAUGAACAACAAUCCAAUGUUCUCUCUGGACAUCAGUUCACAAGUUGGCAGCUGCAUGCCUAUCUCCAUGAUGCGAAUUGGAACCAUAAUCCACAAUAUCGAGAUGAACCCUGGUCAAGGAGGGAAGCUGGUCCGUGCUGCCGGCACCUCUGCAAAGAUCUUGAAGGAACCAGCCGCCUCUAAGCUGUGUUUAAUCAGGCUGCCUUCUGGUGUCGAGAAGUUGAUUGAUUCUAGCUGCAGGGCGACCAUCGGAGUGGUGUCGAACCCAGAGCACGCAACUAAGAAGCUGAGGAAGGCUGGUCAUAGCCGAUGGCUUGGUCGCAGGCCUGUGGUUAGAGGAGUGGCCAUGAAUCCAGUGGACCAUCCACACGGUGGUGGUGAAGGUAAAAGUAAAAGUAGUGGAUGUAGAGGCGGGGUUUCGAAGACUCCAUGGGGGAAACCAACCAAGAGUGGCUUCAAAACUGGUCCACUCAAACGCAGGAAAUAGGUUGAUGCCGAUAGUGAAAUUGGAUUGAUUUGGUAUGUUUUAGAGACUGAUUUCACAUGUUUUGAAAUGGUUUCGACUUUUGAUCCUUUUAGGUCAUCUAUAACCAAUAAUGUUUUAGAAAGUUUACAUGUUAAUCCAUUAAUUCGUUACAUAA